AGAAAUAUUUUCAGAUUUCCCAGUAUUUAUAAAUACCAGAGUAUGCCAUCCUUUAGACAAUUAGGUUUUUUUGUUCUUCUCUACGGAAUGGUUCAUGCUCAGGUAGAAGUUCAGGAAAACCCUGAGGAAGGAUUUUAUCUCGAUGGAUCUCCUAAACUGCCUCUAAUACAUGCAGAUACCCUGGACAAGGAUGGAUCUCUUCCUCCUAAACUGCCUCCAGUGGAUGCUACCCUGGAUAAGAAUGAAUCUUUGCCUCUUAAAGUGCCUCUUCUGGGUUCAUCUUAUCCGGAGAAAGAUCCAACUUUAGUUCCGAACAUAAGUGUUAAUCUAGAGAAAUUAUUCGGAAAUCUUAUAGAGUCUGCUACCGACUCAUUGAAGGAAAAUCCUUCGUUUGGAAAGUUAUUUAAUUUAACAUACGAUAAAACUCUUGAUGAAGAAAGGAUAAAAAAUAAAACUCUUGGCGAAGAAAUGAUGAGGAAUAACACUUUUGAUGAAGAAAUUAUGAAGAAUAAAACUCUUGAUGAAGAAACUAUGAGAAAUAAAACUCUUGAUGAAGAAAUGCUGAAUAAAACUCUGAAUGAAGAAAGGAUGAAGAAUAAAACUCUUGAUGAAGAAAGGAACAUGAAUAAAACUCUUGAUGAAGAAAUUAUGAGGAAUAAAACUCUUGAUGAAGAAAGAAUGAAGAAUAAAACUCUUGAUGAGGAAAGGAAGAUGAAUAAAACUCUUGAUGAAGAAAGAAUGAAGAAUAAAAUUCUUGAUGAAGAAAGGAAGAUUAAUAGAACUCUUGAUGAAGAAAGAAUGAAGAAUAAAACUCUGGAUGAGGAAAGGAAGAUGAAUAAAACUCUUGACGAAGAAAGAAUGAAGAAUAAAACUCUUGAUGAAGAAAUUAUGAGGAAUAAAACUCUUGAUGAAGAAAGAAUGAAGAAUAAAACUCUUGAUGAAGAAAGAAUGAAGAAUAAAACGCUUGAUGAAGAAAGGAAUAUGAAUAAAACUCUUGACGAAGAAAGAAUGAAGAAUAAAACUCUUGAUGAAGAAAUUAUGAGGAAUAAAACUCUUGAUGAAGGAAGAAUGAAGAAUAAAACUCUUGAUGAAGAAAGAAUGAAGAAUAAAACUCUUGAUGAAGAAAGGAAGAUGAAUAAAACUCUUGAUGAAGAAAGGAUGAAGAAUAAAACUCUUGAUGAAGAAAGGAAGAUUAAUAAAACUCUUGAUGAAGAAAUUAUGAGGAAUAAAACUCUUGAUGAAGAAAGAAUGAAGAAUAAAGCUCUUGAUGAAGAAAUUAUGAGGAAUAAAACUCUUGAUGAAGAAAGAACGAAGAAUAAAACUCUUGAUGAAGAAAGGAAGAUGAAUAAAACUCUUGAUGAAGAAAGAAUGAAGAAUAAAACUCUUGAUGAAGAAAGAAUGAAGAAUAAAACUCUUGAUGAAGAAAUGAUGAAGAGCAAAGAUAAAGAUAUGAAUAGCACCUCUGCUACAGGAAGAAACGUGAAUCUACAAAGUAUAUUUGGUUCUCUGCUUAAAUCUGCUUCAACAGCUUUAAAGAACAAGGCUUCAGAUAGAACUUCAACCAGUCCUGACACUGAUCAAACUACAGAAGAACCUAAAGGAUGGCUGUUCCAGUCUGCUAAACAAAUCUCACAAGGAAAACCAGGUAAUUCGUCUGCUGGACGAAACAAAAGUAACGCAAUGGAAGAAGACAUGACAAAUGGAAAUAAAAGGAGUAGAUAUAACAUGACAAUGGAUGAAGAAGUGCAUAACAAGACCCGUCAGAGAGGGAGUAGAUACAACAUAACACUGGAUGAAGAAGAAGAAGUGCAUAACAAGACCCGUCAGAAAGGGAGUAGAUAUAACAUGACAAUGGAUGAAGAAGUGCAUAACAAGACCCGUCAGAGAGGGAGUAGAUACAACAUAACACUGGAUGAAGAAGAAGAAGUGCAUAACAAGACCCGUCAGAAAGGGAGUAGAUAUAACAUCACACUGGAUGAAGAAGAAGUGCAUAACAAGACCCGCCAGAAAGGGAGUAGAUAUAACAUGACACUGGAUGAAGAAGAAGUGCAUAACAAGACCCGCCAAAGAGGGAGUAGAUAUAACAUGACAAUGGAUGAAGACGAAGAAGUGCAUAACAAGACCCGUCAGAAAGGGAGUAGAUAUAACAUGACACUGGAUGAAGACGAAGUUCAUAACAAGACCCGUCAGAAAGUGAGUAGAUAUAACAUAACAAUUGAGGAUGAAAAGAUAAAAACUAAAGCAGUAAAGCAGGACGAACUAAAAGAAAAACUAACAUCUCUGAUAAUAACACACACAGAGGAGAAGUUGUGGUUUGAAACUAAGAACACCUGUGAUUCUCCUCCUUUGAUUCAAACCAAACUCUCGGAGAAGGAUCCGUCCUUACUCUGUCAGCAGCAAAACACUAUAGAGGAACUAUGCUUUUGUAUUGGGGGACAAAAGUCUAAAAAAUAUAAAAUGUUUUGCGGAUUUUGUGAAGCAGCAUUCAUACCUAAUUCAGCUAAAAAAACAACAGGCCCAGACAUGAAAGCAGCAAACACGUCCACAAUUUUGAAGAAUAUUAUCAAAAAAGCAAAACAAAGAAUUGAGAACCUAAACAAGGAAUGGUCAUUUCUAGAUGCAAAUGAAGAGUGUUUGAAGCCAGUAUCCAGACCCUCAAAGUUUUCUGAGAGGAGUCCUUCAAUCGUCUGUAGUGCGGGGGUUGAAGACCCGUGUGUUUGUGUCAGAAAUCCAGGAGAAUCAUACAAAAAAAUCUGCGGAACCUGCUCAAACAUUCUCCGAUCUAAACCAGUGGAGGAGGAAGAGGAGAACAAUGGAAACCCUGACUUGUCAACUUUUUAAAAAAAAAUGACGAAAAAAAAUUUGUGUAAUAUUUUCAGUAAUUGAUUACAAUUUAGAAAAAACUUUAGCGAUUG